AUGUUGUUUACGUUCAGUUCUCCAAGGUUCGUCGUAUUGGCGCUUUAUUUGUUUUCCUGUUUCGUUCUUAUUAAUGGUAAAGUAGUGAUUACGGUUGAUUCUUCAAGUUCAGAAGAAGGUGGACAGCUGAGACCGAGAAAACCUUGUUGUGAUGAUCAUAUGAAAAAUCAAGACGAGACUGAUAUUGAUUGUGGUGGUGGAAAAUGUUCAAAAUGUAAUAACGGAAUGAUGUGCAAUGUAGAUUGCGACUGUAUCAGUGAUAUUUGCAGAGAAAACAAGUGUAUCCCUAUUGGCUCAUGCACUGACAAUGUGAAAAAUCAAGAUGAGUCGGAUGUUGAUUGUGGUGGGAUCAAAUGUCCGAUGUGUGAAAAUGGAAAAGCUUGCAAUCGGUCAUCAGAUUGUAUAAGUAAUAUUUGCAAAAAUAAUCAAUGCAGUCGUGAGUAUUAA